AGAAAAUCAUAUGACUAAAAAUUUAUUGAUCACAGGAUAAAAUCGCAUUCGUACGUAAUAAAAUGUGGCAAAAGGUUCUAAUUUAUUUACUGCCCCUUGUGGCCAGCAUAUAUUGUAAUGGGGAAUUAAGUGUAUUAAAUUCUCCAAAUGGAAUCCAAUUCCAAGGCGAGACACCUUUACCCCAAUCUUUGUUAAAGGAAUUGUAUUCCGUAGCCCUAGGAUUGACAUCGGAGCAGAGUUCUGCCGAAUGGGACGGAGUGAGUAAAUUAAAUCCUUUUCAAUUACCUAAAGCUGUAGUCACUGUAGUUGUAGAAGGCACCGAUAAACUUAGUUUGGAUUCGAAGAAUACCUAUCCUUUGGUUGUUGAUGAGGAAUUGGAUAAUACUUGGGACUCCUUGGAUAAACGUUUCAAAGAACGUUAUCCCUUCGAUGAUUUGACUCUUGUGAACUUGGAAUUACCUAAUGGUAACGUUAAUUCUGAGCGUGUCUUUGGUGUUGUAUCACCCAAACCGGUACAAAGUGAUUUACCAGAGAAGUUUGUGAAAGACCUGGGUGUCCUCAACGCUUUAUCUGACAAAGUCUUAGAACUAACCCCUGAUGAGCGCCCUAGCCUGUUCUUCUUCCGCUUAUCAACAAAUUUCAAAUCCCCCGAAGACACCGACAAAGCCAAAACAGAGCUCACCAAAGCCAUCAAAACUUUAAGCGAAGCCUUCGACAAAACCUACAAAGGCAAAGUGCUGUUUACAGUACUAACCUCCAAUGACGUCUUAACACGUAAAACAAGGCAAGCAGAUGAUGCCCCAAAAGAACCCGAUUUCAACCUAGCUAAAGAAUACAACGACUCCUACCCGGUGGUUUUUAACAUCAUCUUAUGGUUUGGAGUAGCCUUUUUCUUCUCGCUACUAGCUAUCUGUAUCUCGAUCUCCACAAUGGACCCCGGAAGGGACUCCAUUAUUUACAGAAUGACAUCCACACGUAUCAAGAAGGAGAAUUAAGUUUGUGAAGGAGUGUUUUUAAUUGUAAAUAGAUUGUUUAGUAUUAUUACAAUGCAACGUGAUCAAUAUUAUUUAAAAAUACAAUAUCUUUGUUGUUACAUAUUUGUUUAACAUUCCUCAUAUUACCG